AGUGCAAUAUAAUUCAGUUGUCGAAGCUGCGCGGUUGUUGUUUCGUGAGUUGUGUCAACAUGUGGCGGAUUUUAGCGCUUUUGAUCGUCGGCAGUUGUUGUUCGUCAGCUGUAGAGCACAAGCUGACGAUAGCCAAGCUGCCGGAGAAUGUGACAGAUGCGGGGUCGCGCAUCAUCGGCGGCACGCCGGCUCCCAUCAGCCGUUACCCCUACACUGUGCAGGUGCUGAACAGCAACCAGCUGUCGUGCGGCGGCUCUCUCAUAACGCGGCGCCACGUGCUCUCCGCCGCGCACUGCUUCGUCGACAGCCGAAAUGUGUUGCUGAGUACCAGUCUCUUCACGUGCCGGGUCGGCUCCGCUACGCUCAACAGCGGCGGCUCCGUGCACCGAGUGUCCACGAUAAUCAACCACGAGCGGUACAACCUGGGCGCGGCGCGCGACAACGACAUCUCGGUCCUGCUGCUGGCCACCACCGUCACGCUGGGCGCCGACGUCGCCGUCGCCAGUAUACCCGCGAUGGGCAGCAUGGUGGCUGACAAUGCUGUGGUCUGGGUCGUUGGGUGGGGUCUAACCACGGAAUCGGGCGCAGUCUCGUCGACCCUGAACGAAGUGUGGGUGUACACGAUCAACACGACCGUCUGUGCGCAGCGCUACAGAAACCUGGAGCUUGUCAACAACUCGCCCUACCCCGUCACCUACAACAUGAUGUGCACCGGCAUACUCGACGUUGGAGGUCGCGACGCGUGCCAAGGCGACAGCGGAGGGCCGGUGAUAUACUCCGGGAUCGUGGUGGGGGUGACGUCGUGGGGGGAGGGCUGCGCGCACCCCUACUACCCCGGCGUCAACGCCCGGGUGUCGGCCUACACCAACUGGAUCAACAGCACGGUGACUCAAUACAACGGGGCGCCAUCUCUCGGACAGACCAGUGUCGUGCUGGUUCUGCUGUCGUUCCUCGUGUCGACGGUGUUCAGCAAUAAGUUAUAAUUAAUAUUGCUCCUAGACUGAUUCAAUUGUAGGUAAUUGCGGCUUAGGAAUAACAUGACAUGUAUUUUGUAAGAAACCUUUUGUAAAUAUAUUGUUUUGUUUUAAA